AUGCUGGGGGCCGAGAACUUGGCAGACAAGCUGAAGGCAAUGGCUGCUGAUGUGAGGGGAAAAUCAAGAGAUACAAUUGAUAAGGUCAUCCAGAAGAUACUCUUCUUGAUAUUUAGCUUGAAGGAGUGGACUUUAGACGUUGCCAAGCGGACAGGUGAGUUAAAAGAUGCUGCCAUGUCCAAGGUAGCUUUAGACGCUGGAAAGCGGACAGGUGAGCUAAAAGAUGCUGCCAUGUCCAAGGUAGCCGGCUCGUUAAAGGACUUGCAGCAGAGCUCAUCUGAAUUUACCUUGUCCAUUAGAGAAGGGGCGAAGAGGGUCGCAGGAGAUUGCAGGGAAGGAGUUGAGAAACUCACUCAGAAGUUCAAGACAUGA